GUGAAGAAAAAUAUUAAAUUAAGUUUUUGUGUGUGAGCGAUAGUCCGACUUUUGUAGUCAUUACAACGUAUUAAGCGUAUCGUUGAUAAAAAGUAAUCAUUUUUCAAUUAGAGUUACGCAUUUGAAUGGUGAGCACUUAUUGGUCAUUAUCGCUUUCAAACAGACUCAAAAGGAUUAGAGUAAAACUAGCGCAAAACCAUAUAAACACUUUUAUACCAAUUUUUGUUUUAAUGUUUCAAGUUUAUUAAUGCUUCAAAUUAAGUUUUUAUUAAUGAAUCUUUUUAAAAUGAAAAAAUACCUUUGCAAGUGCGGUGUAAAAAAUAACACUUUCUAAAAUUAGCUUUCGAAAAAAAUAUUUAUGAUUUCAAAAUCAAAUUUCAAAUUGUGUUUUGAAGAAGGUAAUGUCGUAUUCAUUUAUAUUCAUGUUUUGGAAAUCUCUUUUGGACAUACGAAUGGUUUUAAUUGAGAUAAAAGAAAACAUUUUAAAAUUCCGUUUAAUGGUAUUUGUUGGUGUAACUGUGACUUUAACAUUACUUUUUAUGCAAAUAUUUGUUUUAUUAUGUACUAAAAAAUGGUGCGAAACAAGACAAAGAUUAAGUAUUAAUGAUGAACUGAAGACGAUAGUAAUACCCGAACAAGAUUACAAUGAAAUUGAACCCUCUAACAUUAUACGCAGACAACCGCCUUUAAAUGCAACAACUAUAUAUUUAGCUCCUUUAUUAGGAAAGAAUCAGGGUAUUAACAAUAAUAAUAGAUUUGAAGUCUCUGAAGGCGCGGAAAGAUAUGUAAUUGAUGUAGAACCUUCAAAGCAUUGUAACGAGUACUCUGCUGAUGGAUGCAGAAGAAAAUUAGGUGUAAGGGGCGAUGGAUAUUCAUUUAUAUUUUCUAAAGAAUUAUAAAACACAAAGAACACAAUUAAAAAAACGAAAACUUGAUCAGGAGUUGUCCAUAAAUUACGACACGCAAUUUUUGACCUUUUUUGUUCGUUCCCCCUCACUCCCCUCGUCACAACAUCGUCCCCCUCGUUCCCCCAUCCCUCCCUUGCCUCGUCACAACAUCGUAACACCUUAGUAACAAGUUCCGUAUGAGUCGUCACAAAACCACUAACCCCUCCUUCUCUACCUUCGAGCAUGACGUAAUUUAUGGACGACUCUUUAUCUGUUGUGUUGUGUUAAAAAAACACAUUUGUUAUAUAAAUAUGUACAAUACUAAUUUAAGAAAUACGAAAGACAUUUAUAUUUUUACUUUA